AUGGUGCAUAUCGCGAUCUUGGAUGUCGACGUCCCGGUACCAGCCGUCUAUGCCGCCCGCGGCUUCUAUAGCUCACAGUUCCGCGCAUUGCUCCAGUCCGCCGCAGCGCGCCUCAACCUCCCCGCAUCAAGCAUAUACACAACGGCUUUUGAUGUAGUCGGCGGCUCUCUUCCUCCUCUGCAAGCACUGCGAUCAUCGCCCCGAUCAACGACAAAUGGAGCAGCAGAUGAACAAACACUCAACCCGCUUGCGCUGCCAAUAGACGGGAUCCUCAUCACCGGCGCCACCGCGGGGGCCUACGAGGCAGCAAAACACCCCUGGAUCGUGCCGCUGCAGAACUUUAUCCAGACGGUCUUCGAUGACUUCCCACACGUCAAAAUCUUCGGUUCCUGCUUCGGCCACCAGAUCAUCGCGCAGGCUUUCUUAUCAUCACACGCGCGCGGGGCAUCCGACUCCACCCCACCACCAAGCGUAAAAGUCGAGCAUUGCCCGCAUGGGAGCGAGAUGGGACUGGCAUCCGUAAAAGUCAACCCGGAGUUUAGCGCGCACUUUCCUGCACUCUCGGCGUCACUCCCGCUGCCAAACGAGAUGCGCUUGCAGAUGAUACACGGCGACUGGGUGGCUUUUCUUCCGGGACAAGACAAACUGCCGGAGCCGUGGCUAAAUGUCGGAUCAACGGAGGCCUGCCCCAUCCAGGGCCUUUAUUACCCGGGCCGGGUGUUGACGUACCAGGGACAUUUUGAGUUUGAUGUGUUUGUGAACACGGAAAGUUGCUUGGAGUUUGCGAGGCGGGGUGGGUGGGAUAAGAUCGCUGUGGAGAGGUAUCUGGGGUUGAUUGCAAGAGGGAGGGUUGAGGGCGUUGUGGAGGACGCAGAUGAUUCGAAGGCUGCAGCGGAGGUUGUUGUCUUGUUUUUUGGGCAGUGA